CAAAUGACGUCAUUAAGCAGCUAACUUCAACCGCGUUCCUCUUCGAGUGCUUUUUGGGAGGUUCUUGACCUAUCAAGCCCUGUUUUAUUUGUAUGUGUGUUUUAUUACAGGCGUUGCGAAAGUUUUUCUUAGAUAACUGAUUUCUUAUAAUGAUUUCACUUAUUUUUGAUUGGGAGCUUUCAAGCGCAAAUUCCUAAAGUUGCUCAGCUCUUUUUCAGAAAUGCUGAAAACAUUGCUUGCCUUUGCGUUCAUUGUUUGUAUCACAGACGCUUCUUCCGAUUCUUUUGUCAUCAACGUUGACCUUGGAAAACCGGUAGCACCUUUGAAACACUUCUGGAGAAGCACUGGUUUCUGUCCUCCUCUUCCCCACACUCAGGCACACUACUUUGAUCUGAGCGUUGACCAGCAACUGAACCUUGCCUACGUGGGCUCCGUCCCACAUGGAGGGAUUCAGCAGGUCCGAAUACACUGGCUGAUGGAGCUGAUCACAGCCCAAGAUGUUGGAGGCCAACCCAAAUACAAUUUUACAAAACUGGACCAGCUAAUGAAUCUCUUAUGGAUUAAUGGACUCCGGCCAGGUUUUGAACUGAUGGGCAGCGUCUCUAAUUAUUUCAGUGACUUUGAAGACAAAGCUCAAGUGUUCAAGUGGAGGAAUCUAGUUCAUCUCAUAGCCAAGAGGUACAUCGAAAAAUAUGGUCUUGGAAGUGUUUCUCAGUGGAACUUUGAAACAUGGAACGAGCCCAACAACCAUGACUUUGACAAUGUCAGCAUGUCAAUUCAAGGGUUUUUAAAUUAUUACGAUGCCUGUUCGGAGGGUCUGCGGGCUGCCAGCAACUUGCUUAAGUUUGGGGGUCCAGGAGACUCAUGUCACUCAUCGCCACGCUCGCCUUACUGCUGGGCCAUGCUUCAACACUGCUACAAUGGCACCAACUACUUCACUGGAGAAACGGGCAUUCGGAUGGACUAUAUCGCUCUGCACAAGAAGGGAGGUGGUUACUCUUUACCCAUCCUCCAGCAGGAAAUGCAGACCGUGGGAGAGAUCCAAGAACUUUUCCCUGGGUUUCGGAAUCACCCUGUGUACAAUGAUGAGGCAGAUCCGCUGGUGGGCUGGUCCCGGCCUCAGGAGUGGAGAGCGGAUGUGACCUACGCUGCCAUGGCCAUCAAGGUGAUCAGCCAGCAUCAGGAUAUAAUGUGUGCAAAUGCAAGCAUCAACUACACGCUGCUGAGCAACGACAACGCCUUCCUCAGCUACCAUCCUCACCCCUUCACGCAGCGCACUUUGACCGCUCGCUUCCAGGUCAAUAACACGCAACCUCCUCACGUGCAGCUCGUCAGGAAGCCCAUCCUUACCGUCAUGGGCCUUCUGGCUCUGCUAGGCGAGACUCAGGUCCUGGCACAGGUUUUGAACUCCUCAGGAUCUGAUGAUGCCUACAGUGGAAACGUGGGCGUUCUCGCAAGUAGCCACCAACCGGAAAUCCCCGGAGGAUCAGACAGCUGGCAGGCCGCCUUGCUGGUCUACAGCAGUGACGACAACCGCACGUCUACCAGCACUCAUAUCGUCACCGUGUCGCUGAAAGGACUGGAGCCGCGCACAGGUCUUGUAUAUGUCACGUAUCUAAUGGACAAUAACGUGAGCAACCCCUAUCAACAAUGGCAGAACAUGGGAAGCCCCGUCUACCCUACGACAGAGCAGUUCACAAAGCUCAGGAAUGUCCAGGACCCUCUCGUUGACGGACCCUGGCCGGUGCCUAUGGGUGACACUCUGACUUUGAAAACAAGACUGCACGUUCCCUCUGUGCUGCUGUUACAUGUAUGUGCCCGACCUAAAACGUCUCUAAACCAGGUCAAUGGUUUGCGCUUCAUCAGGAUCACCAAAGGCCAAGUCCUCAUUAUCUGGUCUGAUGACUGUGUUGAUUCCAAAUGCAUUCGCACCUUUGAAGUGGAGCACUCUGCAAAUCAGAAGGACUUCAGCAGGAUUAAUAGCCACAACACCAUUUUCACAUCAUUUGUUUAUUCACCUGAACAUGAACCAGAAGCAUGCACGAUGUUGACCCAGUCAAUUCAGAGAAGCAAGAUAUUCCUCACUCAUGGCAUCGAGAUCGACCGGCAAAGUGUGUUUUGUGAAGCUGUCCACCACGCAGCUGGCCAAGCUGUGCUCCACGCUGGCUAGCAGCAGCAUGACCACGGCAAACAUUUGGAAAUCCAUCCUAGACAAAGACAAGUGAACAUUAGUUGGCUUCACAUUUCAAAUGAAGUUUCUGGAGCUGGUUCUCAUUUCUGGACUCUCAAUUUACCUUGAAGGGGGAGCAGCAAGUUGGAAGCUGCAAGGUCCAGUUCAGAAUUGUGAGCAACAAGGCGGCAUUGCAGUUUUUAUACCCGAAGUGCGCCUGACUCCGUUUAUUUUCAUGUCUUGAACCUAAAUAUGGAGUGUAAAUCUACCCUUAAUCCAUUUAACCAAAUCCCGCCCGUCGUAAUCUGGUGAGCCCUCGCAUUCAGCAGUGUUUAGGCUUUAUGUAAUUGUUUGCAGAGUCACAUAAUAACAUGCAUAAUGAUUCGUGUGCUGGGGUGGGUCAAGGACCAGACAGGUCCACAUGGCCGUAUUUAGUGUUUACAUGAGAUUUAUUUUGGGCCUGAAGGUUCUACGUGUUAAAUGAAAGCUUGAAAUCAUGGGUGUCAAAUUAAUUUUCCGUGUGAGCCAAAAUGGUAGUUACGGUUUCCUUCAGAGGGUCAUGAUGAAUAUGAUCACUGCACUAUAUUAUUGAUUAUUACACUGGUCAACCCAUUGACAUCAGUGCUUCCCCAGUCAUGAACCUCACCGCAUGUCACUUAAAUUGUCCCCGCUUGAGCAUUGUGAUAGACUGAUGACCAAUCCACUUCUUGUCCAAAGUCAGUCCAAAUUGCACACAAGUUCUGUUAAUUAUGAAGCCAUUUUUAUAAAGAAUAAGACAAAGUGUUUUCUGGUGGCUAGUUUUAAGAUUAACUCACUCAAGGUAACCGUAAUGUUAUGUUAGCGGAGGUUCAGGCGUUCACGUCUCAAUUGUUCUGUUAAGUAGCGUCUAUAAAUAGUGGCAGGCUUACGACGACGUGCAGUUGGAUCCUAUAAACUAUCCUAUAAACUUUUUUUUUUUUACCUCCUCACAGGUCAAAUAUAACCCUAUCAUAUUAUUAUAACAACAAAUUGAGGGAUGCCAAAAUUUGGACUUAUAAAUCAUGGAAACUAGUUUUAUUUAGCAAAAAUUAAGACAAUUUGCAAGUCACUUAUGUUCACUCCAGCUGAUCUAGACUCAUCUUGAAAUUUCAAUUCAAAGCUAUAAUAAUAUGAAGUUUGCUGAUACUAACACUAUAAAUUUCCCUCAAUAUUUCUGAGCAACUAUUUUUGACUACGGAAGCUGAGCACUAAGUCUAGCCAUAGAAUAAAUAGCUUUGUACAGCUAUUGUUGGCAACUUGCAGUGAGGUGUUAGCUAAGUCUGAUUGCUGGCUUGGGCUGAUCCAGUUGAAGAGGCACACCUUCUUAACCAGACGUGACCUCACGUUGUCUGGACCGGCGUCAUGUCAGGUCGCCGUCAACGGAGACCAGUCACAUUACAACUCUUGGAUACUGACUUUCCUCUGUAUUUGAGUGUUUGGCAACUCGCUUGAAAUAGUACAUUUAGAUUAUCAUUGUUUUUGUGUUUUUGUUCUGUGCUGGGCGGGUCGGUGGGGCACUGGGUAGCACAUCCGCCUCACAGUUAGGAGGGUGCGGGUUCGAUUCCACCUCCGGCCCUCCCUGUGUGGAGUUUGCAUGUUCUCCCCGGGCCCGCGUGGGUUUUCUCCGCGCACUCCGGUUUCCUCCCACAUCCCAAAAACAUGCUUGGUAGGCUGAUUGAGCACUCCAAAUUGUCCCUAGGUGUGAGUGUGCAUGGUUCGUUUCUGUGUGCCCUGCGAUUAGCUGGCAACCGGUUCAGGGUGUCCCCCGCCUACUGCCCGAUGACAUUGGGAUAGGCUCCGGCACACCCGUGACCCCCGAGGAGACUAAGCAGUACAGAAAAUGGAUGGAUGGAUGUUUUGUGCUGUGCCAUUACGUGUCUCUUAAAUGGGUGCCUCGGCUGGUUGUCACUAUAUGUGCCCUAUGAUUAAGUGACAACCAGUGCAGGGAGAAGUCUGCCCUUCACCCAAAGCUAACUUGGAUGAACUCCAAGCAAACAAAAUGAAUGAAUGGAAAACUGAGUCAUCAAAUUUCCAUGCACAUCUUUGCAGUGAAAAUAUUUGAGAUUAAUAGGGCAGCUCAAUCAAAUGAUAAGGAAUCUGGUCUUUCCAAAAAAAAAAAAAAAAAAGCAACUUCAUAUUAAUGAUACCACUCUUACAUUUAUUCAAGCAAACCCACAGACUGAGCAAAUUGUGGUCUCUUACAUACAAAUUGAAACCUGACAUUGUUUAGGAGUGCAUUUUACAAUUAAUGUAACAGUUGGAUGGGAAAACAGUGGCGGGGGGGUCUGUAACCAGCCCCCAUUUGCAAGAUCGAAUUAUUUACAUAAUUACUGUUAAAACAGGAGCAGAAACAGGCAAUGCAGAGAAAUAAAUUAUUCUACACAAUAUCUACAACAUGGGAGCGUGUGAAUGGUUCAGCACCGACA